AUGUCGGCCUUCGCGAAGCUCAAGGCGAUAGAUUUCUACAGGAAGAUCCCUCGGGAUCUCACCGAGGCUUCGUUCUCCGGUGCGAGUCUGUCGAUCGUAGCCGCGACGACCAUGAUCUUCCUCUUUAUCGCGGAACUGAACAGCUUUCUCAAGGUCUCCACCACGACGCAAGUCAUCGUGGAUCAGAGCCAAAACGGCGAGCUGCUUCGGAUAAACUUCAACUUCAGUUUCCCAGCGCUGUCGUGUGAGUUCGCGUCAGUCGACGUCACCGACGUGCUCGGAACUGCGCGGUACAACCUGAGCAAGACGGUCCGCAAGUAUCCCAUCGACGCGUCAGGCAACUGGGUGGGGCCAGAGCACCACCCGGACCCGCUGCCGGUGCCGGAGAAGCACGGAGAGGACAGCAACGAGACGACGGAGGAGGUGCAUCAGAAGAUGGCGGAGGACGGGCAUGAGUACGUGGGGUCGCUCGUGCUCAACAAGGACAACUUCGAACACUUCGCGCACGAGUAUCAGAUCCUCGUGGUCAAUUUCUUUGCCCCUUGGUGCCCCUGGUGCCAGAGACUGGAGCCAGCAUGGGAAAAGGCAGCAACUGUCCUCAAUCGAAAGUACCAUCCUGACUACGAUGGUCGCAUCCGCUUUGCCAAGAUCGACUGCACCAUCUACCAGGAUGUGUGCCGAGACAACCACAUCCAGGGCUUCCCGUCCAUCCGCAUUUUCCGCAAGGGCAUGGACCUGCGCAUGCAUGGGGAGCACGGGGAGCACGACCACGAGUCAUACUAUGGAGAGCGGGACGCCGAGUCACUCGUUGCGUUUGCGGAGUCUCUCGUCCCAUCAGCCACAGUGGGCCGCCCCACAGCAGCGGAGGACAGCCAUCAGCACGUCAAGCGCCGCGCCCCUGCCUCUGGCGGCUGCAACAUCGAGGGCUUUGUGCUCGUCAAGAAGGUGCCGGGCAAUCUGAUGAUAACGGCGCACUCCACGGCACACUCGUUCGAUGCCUCCACGAUGAACAUGACGCACUCCAUCCACCGCUUCUCCUUCGGCCGCCAGCUCACCCGCCGCAAGCAGGAGCUGGUGGCGCGCCUGCGCCCCUAUGUGCCUGCCCCUGUGGGGCGACUGGAAGGGCAUUCCUUCCACUCCAACCACGACAAUGUCACUCACGAGCACUUCAUGCAGAUAGUGUUGACGGAGGUGCAUCCCUUGGGAGUAUCCCGCAAGGACAGCUCGCUGCACUCAUAUGACUACACCGCGCACAGCCACACGCUGCAGGCACCCACCGUGCCCGUCUCGCGCUUCCACUACGAGCUCUCGCCCAUGCAGGUCCUCAUUGUGGAAACGAGGCGUCCCUUCUUCCACUUCAUCACAAACCUCUGUGCUAUCAUUGGCGGUGUCUUCACGGUUGCCGGAAUAAUUGAUGGAAUUCGCCGCGAUAUGGCCGCCCUAGGGGUGUCAGAUGCCGUCAGGACGCCUGUCGCGUCGCCUGCCGCGUCGCUCCGUUCCGACUCGCGUGCAUCGGCUGGCCGCGUGGGGUUCUCUCAGGGAUCGCUGCUCCAGGGUCAGAGGCUUGCGAUAUCGCAGCGGAGCUGCGAAGGUCGCGAGCGUGUCGCGAGAGGUGUCGCACGCGCUGCGAUGAGGGACAUUCCGAAGCAGUUUCAGGAGAGGCACUUGAAGGAAGGAUUGAUGGAGAAUUUCCGCAACGUGCCGGCGUCGCUGUACGGCCUGAACUCCACGCAGAUGAGCAUGCUCAUGACGGAGGACAGCCCUGUAUCGCGGAUAUCCCAAUCCGUUACCGAGGCGAGCAUCUCGUCCGCGGCGCACUACCGCAACGGCACGGGCAUGUGGUCGCUGCCGGGCCUAGAGUACUCCGCGGCGCGGCUGAGCAUGAGCGUCAGCAUGUACCGCGGGCUGGGCGGCGCCGGCCGCCCCAAGACCGCGCCGCCCGACCUGCCGUCGCUGCUCCUGGACGCGCGCAUCUGCUACCUGGGCAUGCCCAUUGUCCCUGCAGUGACAGAGCUGAUAGUGGCGGAGCUGCUGUGGCUGGACUACGACAAUCCAUCCAAACCCAUCUACUUCUACAUCAACUCCUCCGGCACGCAGAACGACAAGCGCGAGAGCGUGGGGUUUGAAACCGAAGCGUAUGCUAUCGCUGAUACCAUGAACUACGUGAAGUCCAAGGUCUACACGGUCAACUGCGGGCAGGCGUUCGGACAGGCGGCCAUGCUGCUGGCCAUAGGGGACAAGGGCCACAGGGCCGUGCAGCCCAACGCCGUCACCAAACUCUAUGCACCCAGAGCAAGCCAAUCAAGCGGAGCAGCCAUUGACAUGUGGAUCAAGGCCAAGGAGCUUGACGCGAACACGGACUAUUACAUCGAGCUCUUAGCGCGCGGCACGGGCAAGUCACGGGACGAGCUGUACCGCGAUAUCAUGCGCCCCAAGUACCUGCGCGGGCAGGAGGCCAUUGACUACGGCGUGUGCGACAAGAUUAUUGAACCACGCGGCGUGCAGAUGGAGAAGAAGAACUACGACGAGCUGAUGAUGCAAGCCAAGGCCAUGCGGACAAGGGGUGGCCGCCCCGGUGCUCCCCAGACCGCUGCCCCUGCUGGCGGAGGGGGCGCUCCUCGCUAG